CCUUUUUUUAAAUUAUGAAAACAGCACGAUGUAUGCUUUCGCCAAGUUCAUGUAAAGCAUAUGGCACUGAAUCCUUUUAGACUGGAAUCUGGGGUGAACUUCAACCUGAGUUAUCCCACUUUACGCAAAGCGGAACGCGGAAGUAGAAAGGAAGUCAUGCAACAUGACAUGAAAACAAAGUAACGCAGCCGUGUUUGACUGAGCUGUAAAGUUGUUUCGAUUGAAUGGUCACGAAUCGGACAGGUCGUUUAGAAAUGGUAGCUUAGUUACAGCUAUUAAAGAGCCCGCUGACACGUGGCUGAAAGUAAAAUUUGAAGGAGAAUGACCGAGGGCCAUCAUAGCCCCCGGACCUGGAAGUGUAGACGGAUGACUGGUCAGUCAGUUUAGGCGCUUGUCAGCUGCCUGGUGAAUGGUCCCAGGUCUCUGAGCGGAAAGUGGAUUCACGUUAGCCACUGUAAACAUCGAUAACCACUGUGAACCAGCGAGAGACAUUGUGAACAGAAUCCCCUGAGAGCGCCGUUGCCAUGCCGUCCUCGCGGCUGAAGUACAUGUCGCUGGGCGUGCUGGUGCUGCAGACGACGUCGUUGGUGCUGACCAUGCGCUACUCGCGCACGCUGCACGGGGAGGGGCCGCGCUACCUGGCCUCCUCCGCCGUGGUCGCCGCCGAGCUGCUGAAGAUCCUCGCCUGCGUCGUCCUGGUCUACAGGGACCGCAGCUACAGUCUCCGGUCGCUAAACGCCGCCCUGACCCAGGAGAUCCUGAACAAGCCCAUGGAGACGCUGAAGCUGGCCAUCCCCUCCGGGAUCUACACCCUGCAGAACAACCUCCUGUAUGUGGCUCUGUCCAACCUGGACGCUGCCACCUACCAGGUGACGUACCAGCUGAAGAUCCUCACCACAGCCCUGUUCUCAGUGUCCAUGCUGGGACGAAGGCUAGGGGUGUAUCAGUGGCUCUCCCUCCUCAUCCUCAUGGCCGGAGUGGCACUCGUGCAGUGGCCCUCGGACUCCCCCGCGGCCGUUAGCGAGAAGGAGCAGCUGUCGGCCGGCUCCCAGGUUGUGGGCGUGGUGGCGGUUUCCAGUGGCUUCGCGGGCGUGUACUUCGAGAAGAUCCUGAAGGAGACCAAACAGAGCGUGUGGAUCAGGAACAUCCAACUGGGGAUGUUCGGCAUGGUGUUCGGGCUGAUGGGGAUGUUGGUGUACGACGGGGACAGAGUCCGGGAGUCUGGAAUGUUCCAGGGCUACAACAGUCUCACCUGGACGGUGGUCGCGCUGCAGGCUCUGGGGGGGCUGGUGAUAGCAGCAGUCAUAAAGUACGCUGAUAACAUCCUGAAGGGCUUCGCCACCUCUCUCUCCAUCAUCCUCUCCACACUCAUCUCCUUCUUCUGGCUGCAGGACUUCCAGCCCAGCAGCGUGUUCUUCAUGGGAGCGAUGCUGGUCAUCGUUGCCACCUUCCUGUACGGCUACGAGGGCCGGCCCUCGCCCAACCCCAGCCGCGCCUAGCGUGGGUCCUCCAGGGGCGCAAACCGGAGGAGGAGCAGGAGGAGGAUAGAGAGGAGGAGGAGCGGGAGGAGGAGGAGACAGGCGGGGUACAAACCCCUCAGGCGGAAACGUGCUGGGCAUGUUUCUGAAACCUGCUACACGGACCGGGGAUCCAAUCACUCCGUACUGUAACGGGUCUAAGUGCCGGACCGGGCCCAUUUGGCCGCAGAACCGCCCCGGCGCCACCCAGAACUGUGUUUUACCUUGGGUGUUAUCGGGCAGAGCUGCCCCAAUCCCGUCUACUGAAGUCCAGUUCAGAGACGCUGCAAAGGCAGGCAGCCUUCCCAGAACCCCACCGGGGCCCCCGGCUGCUUCCGGGGGCCUCGUAAAGGGACUGUGAGGAACAGAACCGGCCCCUGCUUCAGAACCUGUUAGAGGAGGAGGCGGCGGUUUUAUCUCUGUCUGUACUGUAUUUGGGCAAACGGAUAAAAAGAAGUUGGGGACAAAAAGUAAAUAUAUUAUGUAUUUUUCAGGAACUGUUCUUAAGAUCAUAAAAGGAAAUGUGAUUUUU